AUGGCCUCCAAACAUGUUUCCAGGCCUUUGCUGAGGCUCGUCUCACCUACGCAGCCAUGUCGUUCCUUCUCGAGAGCCUCCGUAUCUCAGUUAACAGCUACCCCCGCACAUCGUCGAGCUGCCAGUUCUCGUAAUGUGUCACGAGCCACGAGACCCCUCUUCGUAGCUGGCCAACGAAGAGCCAUAUCCAGCAGUUUACAGCGUCGAUACGCCGAGGCUGACGAAGGGUUCGAUCCCGCCACGAUCGAACGCGAGUCCGACGAGGUCGACGUCUGCAUUGUUGGUGCCGGACCCGCGGGCUUGAGUGCCGCCAUCAGGUUAAAACAGCUUGCCAAUGAGGCCGGCAAUGAAGAGUUUCGGGUGGUGGUGCUGGAGAAGGCGGGUGAGGUGGGAGCACAUAUCCUAUCGGGCAAUGUGUUGGAACCAAGAGCUAUAGAGGAGCUGAUACCAGACUGGUUAAGCGAAGACAAUGAAAAUCGCUUUACUGGAGCCACACCGGCGAAGAGCGAUACAAUGAGAUUCCUGACAAAGAGUGGUGCGAUCCCUCUACCAGCGCCCCCACAGAUGCACAACAAGGGCAACUACAUCAUCUCGUUGAGUCAAUUUGCGAAGUGGUUAGGCGAACGGGCCGAGGAGAUUGGAGUCGAGAUCUACGCUGGAUUUGCGGCUGCGGAGAUCUUGUACAACCGUGAGGGUGCCGUCAAGGGGGUUGCGACAAACGACCAGGGCGUAGGCCGAGAUGGGAAAGCAAAGGCCAGCUUCGAGCGAGGAAUGGAGUUCCACGCCAAAGUGACGUUACUGGGCGAGGGGUGCCACGGCAGUCUGACUAAACAGGUAUCGAGGAAAUAUGAUCUGAGGAGAGACUGUCAGCCUCAGACAUAUGGCCUGGGCUUAAAGGAAGUGUGGGAAAUCCAACCGGAGAAGUUCAAGAAAGGUGAGAUAUCGCAUACAAUGGGGUUUCCCUUGAGCAAGGACACCUACGGUGGUGGCUGGAUGUACCACUUUGGCGACAACCUAUUGAGUUUGGGGUUGGUGGUUGGCCUGGACUAUUCCAAUCCCUGGCUUUCCCUAUAUGGCGAGUUUCAGCGGAUGAAGCUGCACCCGUUCUACAAGUCCGUGCUGGAGGGUGGCAAGUGCAUUGCAUACGGUGCCCGAGCUCUCAACGAAGGCGGCUUUCAAUCAAUACCAAAAUGCUCGUUCCCAGGUGGCGCUCUGAUCGGGGACACAGCCGGUUUCCUCAACGUACCCAAGAUCAAGGGAACGCACACGUCGAUGAAGUCCGGAAUGCUGGCCGCCGAAGCUGCAUACGAAGCUCUCCAGAACAACAAAGGUGAAAACACCGUCUUCCUGUACAACUAUGAGGAUGCAUUAAGGCAGAGCUGGAUCUGGCCGGAACUCAAAGCCGUGCGAAACAUGCGGCCAUCAUUCCACACUCCGCUCGGCAUCUACGGUGGCAUCAUGUAUUCUGGCCUGGAAGCCUUUCUGUUCCGAGGCAUGACGCCCUGGACGUUGAAGCACAAGCAACCUGAUUGGGCGGCCACCAGGCCCGCGGACCAGUUCGAAAAGAUCGAAUACCCGAAGCCUGAUAACGAGAUCACGUUUGAUAUACUGACGAGCGUGUCUCGGACUGGGACCAACCACGAAGAGGAUCAGCCCGUGCACUUGCAAGUCAAGGACUGGAACGCUCAUGCCCAGAAAGAGUGGCCGAAAUAUAAGGGAGUGGAGAACCGGUUCUGUCCUGCAGGCGUGUAUGAGUACGUAGAGGACGACACGAAGGAUAUUGGCGUGAGGUUUCAAAUCAAUGCCCAGAAUUGCAUUCAUUGCAAGACGUGCGAUAUCAAGGUGCCGGAUCAGGAUAUCAAUUGGCGGACGCCCCAGGGAGGCGAAGGACCAAGCUACAGUAUUACUUGA